AUGGACACAUCACCGCAGGCGGGCUCCAGCAAUGUGACCGUCGAAUACACUGAUCCAUCCGGCCUAUUCCCUCUGGUCCAGCCCAUCUUCGAAAACAAACUCCCGUUCAAGAACCUCCACUGGAAGUCCCCCAGUCGUCCCGUCCGCUCGAUCGAAUCCCUCCGCAUCGGCUUCGUCCCUGCAGUGCAACAAGACAAUACAGAGCGCAAACCCUCUAGUGAUACGCCCCCUGGUACUGUUCCACACCGACGCCAUCAGAUUCCAGGUCUACGACAGACGCCAUACUUGAAGAUCUACCUACUUCGAUGCGACGAUAACGACACCUACAAGGCCACCGCCCGGAAAGCAGUGCGCGAAUGGAUCAAAACCCAAGCCUCGACGCCACAAAACAAUACCUCUUCUUCGUCGACGACUACUUCUAGUAGCCAGGAGAAACACGAUGCCUUUGAGUGGUUGGUUGUCCAUGUCGUGCAGGAUGGAGACGGCGCUGAGAAGGCCGCGAGUACGUCGAAAUGGGGCCAGCGUACCACUUCUGUGCUGGAGAAGCUCAAGGCCGACUUUAACGGAUCGUCAAAGUCUUCAGUAGACCGGGUCGCUCAGUUACGGCUUCCUAAACCGGGAACAACGCAGAAACCGUCCGAGCUGUCUGAUCAAAUCGAGGACUUGGUGGAAAAGAUGAAGAAUGCGAUUCUGGCGUCGUUUGAUCUCCGGGUUGCACAGUAUGAAGAGGAUAUCAAGGAGAAGGACUCGCAACGGAGUCUUCCAGGUUGGAACUUCUGUACGUUCUUCAUCUUGAAGGAAGGUCUUGCGAGAGGUUUUGAGAACGUGGGAUUGUUUGAAGAUGCGCUAGUUGGGUACGAUGAGCUUGCUGUUGGGCUGGAUAGCGCAAUCCAUGAGCAGCUUGAGGGAAGUGGUGAUCACCAUGGUAGCGCUUUAUUGACGUACAGCAAGGAUUGGAAUGGGAUGGCCAAAAAGGCACUGGAGUCUCUGCCGGCUGGAGGUGAUGAUCCGAAGAAUGAGGGCGAGGGGGAAAUUACCCCGAUUCCGGGAAUCGAAUCUAGCGAUUUUCCAUUCGAUUCAACUAAAAAGCCCUACCGGGAGAUGAUCUUGGCCAGUGAUAUCUCCAUUUUCGAUUUCCGGACCUACGUCUUUUCGCGACAACUGACGCUACUUCUGAGGGCAGCACGAGCCCCAUCAGUGGUCAACGAGGACCAGGAAUUAUUCAAGAAGGAAAAGAAGCCUGAGAAUUUGAUGCUGCUUUCAGAAACAUGCGAGAGAGCCACUGAGUUCAUCGCUCUUGCGGCACGGACGCUCCGAUGCGAUCUGGAAUAUGGCCUGGCCGAGGUGGACAACGCAUCCAAGGCCGAAAUAAUCAACAACAUUGUGUCUUCCUGGACGUAUGCUGCUACGUCGCAAAUCCUGUCUCAGACUACAGCACCAAGCCUUACGCUUCCUGACACCAUUCGUGCCAUCGAAAAGUCGAUGGAGUCUUCCUCAUCAUCAGCUGCCGCCGAGAUCAGACCUGAUGUUCCCAAACGCUCUAGUUCCCUGAUUACCUCGCCUGCUCCUCGCCCCCCUCGUCCAGCAAGUCAGGAUAUCUUUGAUGUCCUUGCUCCUGUCCACACCCGUCCUGGAUCGGAUCCGAAGCCUGUGCCUAGUCUAAACCCUAAAACUGGUUCAGAGCAACUGGCGUCUGGAAGGGGGGAGUUAUAUUUGCUGUCUCGCCGGGUUCUGGAAGAUAUUGCUGGACGGCGUGGCUGGAAAGAGAAAUGGAAUGACCUCGGUCUUCUUUUCGACAGUAAAGGUGCUGGUGAGGGAGGAGACAUGAAAGAAAUAUCGUUGGACGAUGCGCAACUGGGCGGGACCCAAGUGCCUCCCAAGCCAACCUCAUCUUCUCUCUGCGGUAUUGACCUACCCGGACUGAAGACUGCUUUGCAAUCGAGACGCGCCUUCCGCGCUCUGUAUGAGGAACUCACAGAUCAGAUGUUCCGUCAUAAUAUCGCAGCAAAUCGUCCCUAUUCCGCCGAGAUGGCUAUUGCAGACACUGCUUUACUACGAUACCGUCAAGCCGACUACAGCGCAGCGGCAGCCCACUUUCACCAGAUCGCCCCGUUCUACGGCAAUAAGCACUGGAACGUCCUGGAGGGAGCUAUCUUGGAGGUGUAUGCGCGGUGCUUGAAGGAAUUGAAGAAGAGUGAGGAAUACGCUCGCAUGCUUCUCCGUCUCCUGGCCAAAUUUGCUGCGCACACGCAGGCCAAUUUGACUGGGCACCAGCAGAAGAUUCUCGGUACUUCUCCUAUAUUAUCGCCGGUGUCUCCGUACGUUGACGAACUAUUCGAGACGUCAAGUACGCUGCAGAAGGAAGUUUCUGCUUCUUUGUCGGAUUUCUUUGCGGAUAUGCGCGUUGACCCUGUGGUUCUUCAUUACGAAGAUAGAGAUGGGUUCCAGGUUCAGCUUUACUUGCGUUUUCUGUUAGGGAAACAGAUUGAUGUCGAUACCGUCAAGGUCCGGCUUGUCAGUGCCAAUGGGUCUCAGAGUAAUGAGCAUUGGAUUGAGACUUGCGCUAGGACUGUUGUCAAGUCGACCUCGACGCGGUUGCUCAUUGAUUCUUCGACAAGCCUCCAAGGGAAGUACUAUGUGGAUCGCAUUGAGAUGCGAGCAGGCAACAUUUUGUUUACGCUGGGAGGUGGAAAACACUCUGCCCUUCCCUUGGGCCUCCGAGAAAGCCUAGACGCUACAGAUGAAGAUGGUCGGUCUUAUGUUUACUGCUACCCGCCACCCGAAGGUCUCCAGGCCAGGGUUGUGUCUACCCGCCUGAUCAAUCUGGAAGAGAUGCGGUCACUGGAAUUGGAGCUUCACAGCGGACGAAACAACAUUAAGAGCGGGACGAUUCGAGUACGACCCGCGACGGCUGGGCUUCGACUACGGAGCGCAGAGGCGGAGCUCGUAGAGGGCGACAUGAACAUCACGGCCAAUAAUGAAUCAGGGAAUAUUGAAUUCUCCCAGUUCGGGUCAAGGUCUUUUGUUCGGUUCCGAAUUCCGUAUACGGUCGAGGAGAAUCACCCGAUGUUGUCUGCGCGGGCGGAGGUUACUUACGAGACAGAACAUGGACGGUUUUCGUACUCGUCGGUCCAUAACGUUGUUUCUGCCCUUCCGAUCAGUGUCAAUGUGCAGGAUAUCUUCAAGGAUGAAGCUCUAUUCUCGCGGUUUACGAUCAGUCCGGCUAUGAUGGUCCCUCUGCGGAUACUUGGCUGCAGCAUUCCCAGCUCGGACGUAUAUCAGGUUGAAUCGAAUGUCCGGGAAAAGGUGGCGUGGGAUGUAUUCCCCAAUCAGCCAGCGUCAUUGCUCUACAAAAUUCUGCCACGAAAGGAUGGUAUCGCUUCCCCAGGGGCCAAAGGCUCACUGCGCCUGACUGUUGAGUUCACAUGCAUUGACGACGAGUGUCUGGAUUCUGUUGAAAAGACAUUCCGAGCCGACAUCGAAGCGAGCGAAUUCCGCCGUCAUACGUCUAUACUCACGUCACACAUCAUAGACGCAUUCCGGGCCCAGUUAUCAACGUCAGAUAUGGAAGUAGUCGCACUAACACGGGAGGUUGGGACGCUCGCGUACGAGAGCGUCCGUUGGGAAACCCUUUUUAGCGCCCUGAAAGGCCCAGCUGAGGACUUGCGAAAAUGGCUCGUGGACUGGCACCACAAACACCCGACCAUCACCCUCCCGCCCCAACAACCCAUAAUCCCCAGCCGACGCAUCGUGAUCCCCGUCGACAUCCCAGAGAUCCAGGUUGUGCACACGGCCGAACUUCGACUGGGGCCCCUGGCCGACGCACAACCCACCACCACGCACGCGGCAGUUGGGCAGAUGAUCGCCGCGGAGCUACGCCUACGUCACACGCGGAGAUGGUGUUCACCAGAACACCAAGAGCAUGCUGGUAGCGCGCUGGAAUUCGCAUACGAACUCCAUACCAACCCGGAGUUAUGGCUCGUGGGAGGUCGCCGGCGAGGGAAUUUUCUGGCCUGCGAGGGCGAAACCACGACGUUUGCUGUGAUGCUUUUACCACAGAAGGCAGGCCAUUUGCUUCUGCCGGGGUUGGAGAUUAAGGCCUUUGUGCCGGCUUCAUCUACGCCCACUGUGGUCACAACACCGUCGACGACUGCCGCCACCACACUAGCUGCUGCUGCUACUGCAACAGCGGGAUCGGGCAAUGCCGGGGCACCCUUGCAGCGGAGGCAGAUCGCGUGCGAGGUGGAUUAUCGUAAUCACGGUGAGACGGUGCAGGUGCUGCCGGAUCUCCGCAAGACGACAGUGAGUCUGAGCACGUCUGGGGGGAGCCAGAAUGGCGGAGGAUCAUGGUUGGUUGAUUCCGAGCGACGGGUGUAUAGCAAUAAUAUCACUAGCCAGUGA